AUGACAGUGCAGACUCGUACAAGUUCAAGUGCUCCUAUUUUUGGUACAAAAAAAGACAUUGAUCCAGAUAAUGCCAUAACGCUUCCUACUUAUGAAGACGUUAUUCGCUGUUUUCAUAGCGUGAGAUUAAAGCAAAAAUAUGAUGGUAUCAAGCAACCGUCUAAAUUUAGUAUCGCUGCAAUCGUCGCUCAGAAGGUAGAAACUGUUUGGAAGCGUGCAUCAAUUCCUUUUUUGUCAAGAAAACGAGUAGUUGAUAUGAUUGUAGGAUAUCAUACAAAAUAUCAGAAUAUCAUAAAACCCAUAAUAAGUAGGGACAGUAAGCAUUUAAGUUCAAAAUUAAGUGUAUUUAAGAAUAGAUCAGGGAAACUAUUUGAUAUUUCAACCUGCAAAUGCAAAGGCAUUAAUGCGUGUAAAUGUAAUAAGUCGAGGAAAAUACCUAAAAGAGAAUUUAAUUUUUUAAUCGACCAACGAACUGAUCGACAAAUGGUUAUUGGCCGCGCUGAUAAACAUUUAUCCAAAAAAUUUACAGAACAACAAAACAGAAAAGAAAAUCAGGCAAGUAAAACAAGUAUUAAAACAGAUGAACCCGGUGCAAGCACUGGUGAUUUGCAGAGACAUACAAACAUUCAUCAAGAUGAAAUGAGUUUUUCGUCCAGCGAAAACACAGAGGAGAUGGAUGAAGAAAACGACGAAGAAUUUAAAUGGAGCUAUGAUCUAUUAAAAAAUCGCAAAUUAAAAAAAAGUGAAGAAAAUGUAGCUCAAAUGAGAAUCCCUUUAGUUCAUACAGCUAAAGCUGCGGAUUUAACUGGAAUUUCAAAUCGCUCUGCUGCAAAAAUAGCAACGGCUGUUUUAGAAGACAUGAAAAUAGUGUGCAAGGAAAAAAGAGCAAAAGUUGUUGAUAAGAAUAAAAUAAGAAGGGCAUUAUUUAAAAAUAGAAAUGAAUUAAAAAACAAAUGGAGUAGCAAUAAAAAAAGUAAAUGUCUUGAAGCUAUAUACUUUGAUGGGCGUAAAGACCAAACCAUUGUUGACUUAAACAGACAUCGGAAGAAAAAACUAGAGGAGCAUAUAUCAUUAAUUCAAGAACCAGGUAGUCAGUACUUUGGUCACAUAUCUCUUAAUACAUCUUCAAAGGCAACUGAUAUUGCAAGUAGCAUAUUAUCUUUUAUGAAACAAAAUGACGUUGAUCUAACAAAUCUUAAGGUUAUCGGUUGCGACGGUACCAAUUGUAACACAGGCUGGAAAGGAGGUGUUAUACGUCUUAUGGAAACUCAGCUAGGUAAACCUUUGCAGUGGGCUGUAUGCUACUUGCACGCUAACGAGCUUCCCUUAAGGCACCUCUUACAAAAACUAGACGGGCAUACCAAAGGCCCAUAUCAAUACUCAGGAGAAAUUGGUUCUUUACUUGGAGAUUGCGAGAAACCUAUUGAUGAAAUUUUUAAAAAACCAGAAAACCUACGAGACUUAAAUACUAUUGAUAUUGGUUCUGCGGCAAAAAGUUUAAUUACACAGGCAAGAUUUACUGAAAAAGAUCGUGUGUUAUUUUAUAAAGGAGCACAGCAACACUUUGUAGCAGCUGUAAAACACCUCGUAACCAAAUCCUCAUUAAAAACUGGAUCAUUCUUAAAACACUGCCGUUGCUUAAAUCCAUUAAAAGUGCAAUCACACGAACCAAGAUCUAUUUUAAAGAUCGCUGAAAAAUUGCCUUUAACGGUAAAUAGUACACUUUUGAGCAACGAAUGGAUUUUAAUGAAAAGUUUUGAAGAUUUUACAACGUUACUUGAUGAAAGCAAACCAAAAACUGAUAUUUUGUUUAAUUUUUGGAACUCAGUAUUUAAAAGAAUUAAUGAAAUUGAUAAUUCUCCGAAAUAUCCCAAUCUAACAAAGGUGGUCAAAUCGGCUUUGUCGUUGUCUCAUGGAAAUGCUGGGGUCGAACGCGGCUUUUCGAGAUCUAAACUAAUUUUAAGCGAAGAUAAAACCGCCAUGACAUUACGCACCCUAAACGCUCGCCUAGAUGUUGCAUCAGCUCUUGCCAAAUAUCAAAAUAAACCUCACUUAGUGCCAAUCGCCAAAGAAUUAUUAGAAAUGGCCCGAAUGGCUCACAAAAGUUACCAGAUGUAUCUAACAGUAAAAAAGGAAAAAGACAAAAAGCAAGCGGACCAAAUUCGAUUGGAAGAAGAAAGACUGGAAAUGGAACGACAACGUGCAAAAAAAGCAAAGGCCGAAAAAAGGAGUAUUGAAACCUUGGAAACUGAGUUACAAGUCAAAAGAAAAUCAGUAAGGGAGAGUAGUUUGGCUGGGGAGGAAUUAGUAAAACAGGCAAACAAAAGACUGGAGGAGGCCCUUUGUAACAACAAUUUACAUGAAGUAAGAAUAGCCCAAGUUAUGUUAGAAGGAUACAGGCAAAUAAAACAGAAAAAAAAGAAUGACGUUAAAGAUCUUCAAAAAAUUGAGAAGAACUUGAGUCUCAAAAGAACCAAGUUAAUGAAAAAAAUUGACAUUUCAAAAAAAUUAAAACGUGACGUGGUGUGA